AUGAAGGCUUCGACUAUUAUCUGCGCGCUUCUCCCCCUCGCUUUGGCGGUGCCCAAUGCGAAGCGGGCUUCGGGGUUCGUUUGGUUCGGGGCGAACGAGUCCGGCGCCGAGUUUGGAGAGACCAAGUUCCCUGGCGUGCUGGGGACGGAUUAUAUCUGGCCCAGUGCGUCGACGAUCAAGACUCUGCAUGAUGCGGGGAUGAACAUCUUCCGCGUGGCCUUCCGGAUGGAGAGGCUGAUCCCGAACACGAUGACGGGGACUCCUGAUGCGACGUACAUGAAUGAUCUCAAGGCGACUGUCAAUGCGAUUACGAGUCUGGGGGCGUAUGCGGUGAUUGAUCCCCAUAACUAUGGGAGAUAUUACGGCAAUAUCAUCUCAUCGACUGAUGACUUUGCUGCGUUCUGGAAGACCGUGGCUGCCCAAUUUGCGUCCAAUGACCAUGUCAUUUUCGACACCAACAACGAGUACCAUGACAUGGACCAGACCCUCGUUCUCAACCUCAACCAGGCCGCCAUUAAUGCCAUCCGUGCUGCCGGCGCCACCUCGCAGUACAUUUUUGUCGAGGGCAACUCGUGGUCCGGCGCGUGGACCUGGACUAAUGUCAACGACAACCUCAAGGCCCUCACCGACCCCCAGAAUAAGAUCGUCUACGAGAUGCACCAGUAUCUCGACUCAGACGGGUCCGGCACCUCGGCCACCUGCGUGAGCUCCACCAUCGGCCAGGAGCGCGUGCAGUCCGCCACGCAGUGGUUGAAGACCAAUGGUAAGAAAGGUUUCCUGGGCGAGUUCGCCGGGGGCGCCAACAGCGUGUGCGAGUCCGCUGUGACGGGCAUGCUUGACUACAUGUCUGCCAACUCGGAUGUGUGGAUGGGCGCUGAAUGGUGGGCAGCUGGCCCCUGGUGGGCGGAUUACGUAUUCAGCAUGGAGCCGCCGUCUGGCACUGGCUAUCUGAACUAUCUUUCGCUGUUGAAGCCGUACUUUGUCGGUGGUUCGGGUGGCACUCCCCCAACUACCACCACGACGACGACUACCACUACCAAGCCGUCUACGACCGCUACCACUGGUGGUAAUCCCGGCAGCACCGGAGUUGCACAGCACUGGGGUCAGUGUGGUGGAAUCGGAUGGUCUGGUCCAACCUCUUGCGCCAGCCCAUAUACCUGCCAGAAGCUGAACGACUACUACUCUCAAUGCCUGUAG